UGCGCAGAAACGUUAUUUAUUUUCAAACAACGGUUCAAUUCAAAUUCAAUUUCAAAUUCAUUACACAUUGAACUGAAGUAACAACGAACAUAAAACAAACGUUUACAAGUGUUCAGCGUCCUGUUAUUCAGUUGCGAAAGUUGUGUUAUAAUUGUCAUAGAAAACUUUACCCCUGAAAUGGAUUCUUGUAAUAAAAGCGUGAGUAAAGACAAACUAACCCAAAGUAAAAAAAUGAAAGCUCCUCAAGUGAGACAAACUUUGACCAGCAAGUACCGAAUGCUUAAAGCAAAUCCGUUACUAGUGCACGAACUCGAAAAAAAAAUAACGUCCAACAAUAAAGAAGAGUCUGUUUUAAUUACGCCUCUGAAAACGUUGGUCAAUGUUCUGGAUACUGAUUCAGAAGUGUUAUCUAAAUUCAACAUUUCGUACAAUCCUGACCCAACAUCGUUCACCCUAAAAAGUGACAAAAGUCUCAGACGGUGUGAAUCCAAUAAAGAAAUAUCAAAGCACGAAUUUGUACCCCCAGUUGCGCUACCCCGGAAAAAGUUAACAUUACAAAGUAGUCUCAAAGCAAAUCCACCAAAAAAAGCACAGUCUGUCCCAAAACUAGUCACUGACAGAAACUUAAACAUGUCUUCAAGUAAAACUGUGAAAAAAAAAUUUACCACUGGAAGCUCCUUAAGUGCUGUACAAAAAAUAAAAACUGUGAAACAUGUCAACAAUGAUGCUUCAGUUUUUAAAAAUAAAAAACCGUCAAUGCCUGCCCCAAUUCACUCUAACUCACAACAGAUAAGAAAUGACCAAAAAGAACUAAAGACUCAGCACAACACAAAGACAAAGUUGUCAAAUACUGAUGGUACUCCUCACUCAACAAAUAAUCUUCGAAGGGUUAGCGUUACUCCAAACAAGCCUCAAUUGUUAAAGAUCACUUGUACUGACAAAGACACUCAAAAGAGUUCAAUGAUAACACCAGAUAUUCGAAGCACUUUGACUCCGGUAUUUUCUGCUAGGAAAAAUUCUCUAUUUAACACACCAAGCAAUAACAGAAAAUCAAUUUUUGUGUCAAAGCAAAUUUCCAACGAAGUGACACAGAAAUUAAGUGAAUGGCUAGAAAUCAAAGGAAAAAGUUUUAAAGAGUAUCACCAUUUGAAGUGUUUUGGUGUCCAUGCUGAAAAUACAAUAAAAGCACUAAACUGUGACGGAGAAAAAGAAAAUAUUGAAAAUUCUGUCAUAAUUGAAAAUAACAAUUUCAUUAAAGAACCGCCUGCAACACCUGAAAAAAUUAAUCUACCUGCUGUUGCACAAACAGCUUUAGUAGAUCUACAUAAAUUAAUUCUGGAUGGGUAUCCACCAGAACAGUGUGACAUUUGGUUGAAAUUAAUAAAACAAAAAUGUGGCCAAGUUGAAGAAGAACCCCAGUACUGGGAAUGUCGUGCAGCUCUAGAACAGACAAAAGGAAAUAUAAAUCUAGCAGUUGAGUGUUACAAAACUGCAAUUAUUCAAGGGGCUGAAGUUCAAAAUGUAGAUAAAUGUCUGGACCAACUUUUGCAGAAAUUCAGUUUGUUGAAUAUUUGUAACGAAAGCGGUCCUCACGUGAACAAAAACGACCGAAAUAAAAUUGUGCAAGACGCUAGAAAUAUUUUUAAAUCUAGUAUUAUUCAGUUUGCUGUACAAGAAAAAGUCCUGAAGAAAAAAACAAGUGAAGGUACCACAGUUGAAAAAAGAGUUUUUGCAACUCCAGUCAGAAGAAGCACAAGAUUGUCAAGGUCUGCGUUUACUUCCACUCCAGGGAUUCACAUUUAUUCGUCUUUACAGGAGCUUGACGCAUCUGUAAGAGAUAAUCUAAACUUCCAGUGUAACAGCGCACUGAAAGAGUGAUGAAAAUAUGAUCAUGUGGGACCUGUGUAAUUCAUUUUAUUUCAAGUUGUAUAUUUUUAUCUAUGCUUUUUUAUAAUUUAGAUAUGUAGAAGUGCUGGCUUUAUUUAACGAGAAAUUAAUAA